AUUUUUAAUGCACAUAAUCUGAUAAGGCUUUAUUCAAAUCCGAUUCAAAUUUCACGUUAUAGUUAUAUCAAUUUAACACUGACAACAAAAUAUAUUUAAAAAGUUUGUAAAGCGGCCUCUAUAUAGAUAUUUAUCAGAAUCGAUAAGCGACCGUAUCGAUCAAACAAUGCCGCUCGCAAUUUUCGAGAAUGGCGUUGAACACAACCGCGGAAAGCAAACGAGCUGCGAGCUCGAAUGCCUGCGCCGUUUACGGCAGGUAAAUGACAGUUGAUAGUAAUUUAGCCGUUUAAUUAUGCUGCUCGAAACGAUUAAAGGGCCGUAAGAUUUGAUGAUAUUCGCCGUUUCGGAGAUUCCUUUCGCUAUUUUCUAAGCUCGAUCUUCGGCACAAGCGCAUCCGUGGAGUUCAUCCUCACUUGCCUUAUCUGGACAAAUAAUGAAGAUUAUAAUGAGUGCCAUUCAUCGGAAUGGAUCGGGCGAGGAUCACGUUCUGCACGGACGUGGACAAGUCCGUGAUCGUGCAUAAUUUUGAGAAACGCGGCUGGACGCAAGUGGGUCCGGAGGAUGAUUGGAAUUUUUAUUGGGCCGUGACGCAAUCCUGCAGAAAUAUCUUCAGCGUCGAAACCGGAUACAGGAUGGACGACAAUCAAAUGAUCAAUCACUUCCCGAAUCAUUACGAGUUGACGCGCAAGGAUCUGCUGGUGAAGAAUAUCAAGCGGUAUCGAAAGGAUUUGGAACGAGAAGGAAAUCCUUUGGCAGAGCGCGCGGAUGGUCCAGGCAAAUACUUGUACCUAGACUUCAUACCGGUGACCUUCGUCUUACCUGCAGAUUAUAAUAUGUUUGUGGAAGAGUAUCGCAAAUCUCCGCAGAGCACUUGGAUCAUGAAGCCGUGCGGUAAAUCACAAGGCGCCGGAAUAUUCCUCAUUAACAAGCUGAGCAAACUGAAAAAGUGGUCGCGCGAAGCGAAGACCCCGUUCAAUCCCAACUUGACAAAGGAGUCAUAUGUCAUUUCUAGAUACAUUGACAAUCCGCUGCUGAUUGGCAGCAAGAAAUUUGAUCUCCGAUUGUACGUUCUCAUUACAUCGUUUCGGCCACUCAAAGCGUAUCUCUUCAAAUUGGGAUUCUGUCGUUUCUGCACUGUCAAAUAUGAUACCAGCGUUCAAGAACUCGACAACAUGUACGUGCAUCUGACGAAUGUGUCUGUACAAAAGCAUGGCGACGAGUAUAACAGCAAGCACGGUGGAAAGCUGAGCGUGCAGAAUCUGCGCUUGUAUUUGGAGAGCACACGCGGUAAAGCGGUCACGGAGAAGCUGUUCGCCAACAUUUCCUGGUGCAUCGUACACUCGUUGAAAGCGGUGGCGCCGGUGAUGGCAAAUGAUCGGCAUUGCUUCGAAUGUUACGGAUACGACAUCAUUAUCGACAACAAAUUGAAGCCGUGGCUGAUCGAAGUGAACGCCUCGCCGUCUCUAACGUCCACAACAGUGAACGACAGGAUCUUAAAAUACAAACUAAUCGACAAUAUCCUAUCGGUGGUUUUGCCUCCGGACGGUAUGCCCGACGUGAAAUGGAACAAAUCACCUUCCCCGGAAGCUCUGGGAAACUUCGAACUCCUAUUGGACGAAGAAUUGGCAGCUCAAGACGAGAGGGAGGGUUCAUCAAACAAGUAUCGCGGUUCCUCCCUCAACAAAUGGAAAUAAAUAUUACCUUAGUAUAUCAUUAUUCGCUUCAGAUAAAUAAUUGACGCGUUUAACGAUUUAUUCGAUGUUUUUCUCUUAGUAUCUGGCAUUAAAUAAAGUCAUUGCGACAAAAUCGCUCGACAUCCCCAUCGUCUCCAUAUCGAUUGAUCGCGUCGAAGGAAGGAAAAGAAUUCCGGCGAAGAUGUUUUACAUUAACAAACAAUUUUAUUUUAGCUGUACAAAUAUGUUACACAGACAACGCACGCACGUCUGUUAGCUACGUGAAGAUGUAAAAAUAAUAUGGACAGUAAAAUUUUUCAGUCUUUCGCGCGUAUGUCAAAUGAAAGAGUAAGAAUAAUCAUUUAUCAGAACGCUUCUGUUCCCCUCAAGGCCAUUUCGAAAUCGCAAUGCGAGGUAAAGGUCCUUGCAGAUUUUGUACAAAUAUGAUUACGUAUAUCAUACAGGACUAUCGUAUGGUUUAUGGCACAGUUUCCCGAAAACGACGAUUACGCUCAAGGCGCGUAUAUGCUGAACAAACGAACGACAAAUGAGCAAAGCGAAUCCGCCUCGCAAAUUGAAGCUUCGAGGAUGUAGAAUUUUUCACCUGCGUAAUUGUGUAAAGUUUAGAUUCCUCUCUUGUCGCCAUAAUAAAUGCGAACAGAAGUUUGUGAAGCGGUGUCACAUACGGAAGCCUUACAGAUUUGAUCUUUUCUGCAUUAGUUUUUUCGUUCACUUGUCGUAUAUAUCGUUUUCUUUACGCCAGGAACAAAUGUAUAUGUAUUGACUGACGAUACGUCACUUUUUACAUAUACAUUAUAAAUAUUGUACAUCAAAAACGCAUCGAUUAUUGCUAAGUUUACAAUUAACUUAAUAAUCUCUGUUUACGUGAUGUUUACAGUCUAGUUUAUGUGCGUGUGUGACUGUCGCAGACUCUUUGUAAAUUCACUCUUUUUUACAAAAAAUCUAAAGUUUUUGUAAAACUCUCUAUAAAAUUUCUAUAACCUCUGCAAAGAGACUCGACUUUACAAAAAAAAAAAAAA